GAAUGCAGUUGGCUAAGCCGCUUAAAUAUGCCGCAAUCAGCGGUAUUGUCGCGUUCGUGGGUUUGAUGUUCGGAUGGGUGAUAUUUCCGGCCAUUUUGAAGAGUCAGCUUAAGAAGGAAAUGGCGCUAUCCAAGAAGACGGACGUUCGGAAAAUGUGGGAAAAAAUACCUUUCGCACUCGAUUUCAAGAUAUAUCUAUUUAAUUACACUAACGCUGAAGAUAUUCAGAAAGGAGCUGUACCGAUCGUGAAGGAAGUUGGGCCUUUUUAUUUUGAAGAAUGGAAAGAGAAGGUAGAGGUUGAAGAAAACGAAGGAAACGAUACGAUAAAUUAUAAGAAAAUCGACGUAUUCCUCUUCAAACCCGAGCUGUCUGGUCCAGGACUGACGGGAGAAGAAGUCAUCGUGAUGCCUAAUAUCUUUAUGAUGGCUAUGGCGCUUACCGUUUAUCGAGAAAAGCCUGCAAUGCUGAACGUCGCUGCUAAAGCUAUCAAUGGAAUCUUCGACAGCCCAAGCGACGUCUUCAUGAGGGUCAAAGCCUUGGACAUCCUCUUCCGCGGCAUAAUCAUCAACUGUGAUAGAACAGAAUUUGCUCCGAAAGCCGCCUGCACCACGAUAAAGAAGGAAGCGCCUAAUGGAAUUGUUUUCGAACCAAAUAAUCAGCUUAGAUUCUCUCUAUUUGGUGUGCGUAACAAUUCGGUGGACCCUCACGUUGUGACAGUCAAACGUGGAGUCCAAAACGUUAUGGACGUCGGUCGAGUCGUAGCGAUAGACGGGAAAACCAAAAUGAACGUUUGGAGGGACUCUUGUAACGAGUACCAAGGAACGGAUGGCACCGUUUUCCCGCCAUUCCUGACGCACAAAGAUCGCCUGCAGUCAUUUUCCGGGGAUUUGUGCAGGUCAUUCAAACCGUGGUUUCAAAAAAAGACAUCGUACAAUGGGAUUAAGACGAAUCGCUAUGUCGCCAACAUUGGUGAUUUUGCCAACGAUCCAGAAUUACAGUGCUACUGUGACAGCCCUGACAAAUGCCCCCCAAAAGGCCUGAUGGACUUGUACAAGUGCAUCAAAGCUCCAAUGUUUGUCUCCAUGCCUCAUUACUUGGAGGGAGACCCGGAACUGUUGAAGAACGUGAAAGGAUUGAAUCCUAAUGCUAAGGACCAUGGAAUCGAAAUCGAUUUUGAACCGAUCAGUGGUACGCCGAUGGUUGCUAAGCAACGCAUUCAGUUCAACAUACAGCUGCUGAAAUCAGAAAAAAUGGAAUUACUCAAAGAUCUUCCUGGAACUAUUGUUCCUUUAUUAUGGAUUGAAGAAGGUUUGUCAUUGAACAAGACAUUCGUGAAAAUGCUUAAAAGUCAGCUGUUUAUACCGAAGCGUGUUGUCUCCGUGGUUUGCUGGUGUAUGAUAUCUUUUGGCUCUGUUGGGGUCAUAGCCGCAAUGAUAUUCCAUUUCAAAGGUGAUAUAAUGCACUUGGCUGUGGCAGGAGACAACUCAGUUUCCAAAAUAAAACCUGAAAACGAAGAAAAUAAAGAAGUGGGCGUUAUGGGCCAGAAUCAAGAACCAGCCAAAGUGAUGUAAUGGAUGAUAAGGCGAUUCUUUGGCAUAUUUCUGCCUUGGAGUCGUCGCUACCAUAUCAUAUACAACGGACUGUGGACGCAAGUUUUUAGAUUGAUUAUCAACCGACGUAGACUUUAGUGAUGGUUUUAACUAACAACAUUUUAGUUUUUAGAAGGCAUCAGCUUUGAUUAGUUUAGAUUAGAAAAUUAUCAUAAUCUAAAAUAAGUUCUAAAAUUAUUAUUAUUAUAUUCUAAUUCGUAAGCUGUAUUCUGUAGGGUAAGAGUAAUAAGCUUGAAAUUUAUCAUCACCCGUAUUUUCUCUUAUGAUUUAACUCAAAGUGUGAGGAUCAUUAUAGUCAAGUUAAUGGUAGCGCUCCUCAUCUCAAAAUUAAUAAGUUGAGAAACAACCUUAAUAAUAUUUCAAAACAAACUUAUAUUGUAUAAUAUCAAUAUUAAUCAAUAGUAUAAUAUCAAUAGGCUAUUUAAAUAACUAUAAAUAAGAUAAGACAGUGUAUUAGUGUAUAGUAGUGGUAUUAGUAUAUUAAUUAGAUAGUGAUAGCAAUUAUUCUAUGUGUAGUCUCGUUAGAACUCGAAAUUACUUUAUUAUUUAGUUUUGUAGCAAUAGAUGUUUGUGUAAUUAAUAAUGUAACGUUAGAUUACAUCUAUAUUAUGUCUAGAACAUUUUUAGCACUACGAGAACUACACGUAAACAAUUUUAUAUCAGAUCAAGCAAUUGAACAGUGCCGUUAAUUAAUAAAUUAAAUUAACUAGAGGUCCCGCAGUAGUCGAAAUUCGACUAUAAUUAACUGGAAUUGUAAGUUUGUACACUAUUAUAAUUGUAUUUUAUGCUUCUAUAAUCACAAAUUUCGCCAAGACUACACUAUAAAAAAUAUUAACAAAGACAAACUAAAAAAAUAUAUUCACUGUUGUUGCAUGAUUUAGUUUUGGCUACAUAAACUCUUUUAAAUCUAUAAAUAGCUGUAAAUCUUGCGCGGACACUUUACUUUCAUAAUAAUCACAUAUUUCAAUGUCCUCUCAUCAGUCAGUAUACGCUGUGAUAUUAUUAAUGUAGUUCUCUCAAAACAAGAACAUAAUUAAACUUGUAUGAAGAAAAUCUAGAAACUAUAAUUAAUUUCUUUUUUCAUUGUUUUACUAACCAUAAAUUUUACAAGCAAAUUAUCGAGGGAUUUUAAAUAUGAAUAGUUAUAUUUGGAAAGCUGCUAGGCAAUAAGUAAUCAUUUAUCAGCAUCUUUACUUUUUAAAGUACGGUUUUAUUACGCAGGUAGGUAGAUCCUUCCUUUUGUAUGUUGGUAAAUAAUA